UUUUAAAGAAAUCGUAUAGUAGUGAUCAUGUAUAUUGGUUACUCAAAAAUACUUUCCAUUAUUACUUUUAAAUAAUCAAUUUUUUUUUUUUAGUAUAUAUGAUUUUUUAAAUCAUAAACAUUUAUCAUAACAUUAUUUCUAAAUUAUAAAUAUAUUCAUUAAUGUAAUUUUUCAUUAAAUUAUAUUUUUUUCUAUAAUAAUUUUUUUCUGUAAAGUAGAACUCCUUUACCUAUAUAUAUAUAUAUAUAUAUAUAUAUAUGUAUAAAUAUAUUCUAGAAUAGAAUUUAUUUUUUUAGUUUUCAAUGAUAUUGAGUAAACAAUAAAUAUAAUUUUUACUUUAAUAUAUUUAUAUAAUUCUUUAUGAUUUUUUCUUUAAUAUUUUUUUGAUUUAAUGUAAAUACAUAUUUCAUAUUUAACAUUAAAAAAAAUUUUCAAUAUAACAAGCAAUAUUUUAAUUAAAUAAUAUUUUAAAGUGAAUUUUUUUUUAUAUCUAUUAUAUAAAAAAUCAUUUAAGAUACAAUCAACAAGUAUAUAAAUGUUUAAAUAUAUAUAUGUACAUAUUUUCAUAAAAUUCUAUUUCUAUAAAAUAUUGAAUUUUUUAAUAUUAAAAGAUAAUUAUGAUAAUGCAUUAGUUAUAAUUUAUCAAUAUAAUCUAUCAAAUUAUCUCUACUAUUAUUAAAUCAUAAAGUGAAAAAAAUUUUUCAAUUUUUUUGUAUAUAUUAUAUAUAAUAAUUCAUCUUUUCUUCAUAAGAAUAAAAAGCAUAAAUAACAUCUAUUUUUCAAGAAAAUUAGGUUAUUAAAAAUUUAUUUAAAAUUAUGUUUUCUAAAUAUAUUUGGUUAUUGCCAUUAUUUGUAUCUAUUUUAUUAUAUUCAAAUGAUUAUUUGAAUGAUAUUACAUUUAAUUUUAUAAAUAAAUGGUUAAAUAUUACUAAAACUAUUUAUUCUAAUCUUGAUAGAAAAUUAAAUAUAAAACCAAAUUUAGAUAUAAAUCAAAAAGUAUUUACAUCAAGUGAACUUAAGAAAUAUACAAAUCUGGAAGAUGGUUUAUAUAUUUCUAUAUUAGGUCAUGUUUUUGAUGUCACAAAAGGUGCAAAACAUUAUGGUCCUGGUGCAACAUAUCAUGCAUUUACUGGACGUGAUGCAUCUUUAGCAUUUAUUACUGGAGAAUUUAAUGAUAAUAACUUAAUAGAUGAUAUUUCUUCGUUAUCUAUUCAGCAAGUCAAAGCAUUAAAUGAUUGGGUUCAAUUUUAUAAUAAAAAUUAUAUUUAUAAGGGAAAAUUAAAUGGUAAAUAUUAUAAUGAAGAUGGUUCCCCAACUAAAGAAUUUUAUAAUGUGCAAAAAAUAUUAAUAGAGGCAAAAGAGAAGCAAUUUGAAGAAGUACAUAAAAAACAAAUGUUUCCUCCAUGUAAUAUAGAAUGGAAACCAGAUUCUGGAACAGUUGUAUGGUGUACUAAAAAAAGUGGCGGAAUAGAAAGAAAUUGGAUUGGUGUUCCAAGAAUGCUAUUUGAAUCUCCAAAUUCUAAAGAAUAUAGAUGUGCUUGUGUAAAACUUGAUAGCAAAGAAUAUAAAGAAUUCAAGGGUAUGCUUAAAGAAUAUCCUCAAUGUCCAAAAUCUUCAAUAAAAUGUGCUGUGAAAACAAAAAACUAAUAAAAAACAAAAGCAUAUCAUAAUUAAUGACAACAUAAUUUUAAUAUUUAUACUUUUAUAAUUCUAUUUUCUUAAUUCUGUAAAUAUUUAUUUAAUUUUAUUGUUUUUUCUAUUCUUUCUAAAUAAAAUUAUAAGUAAUUGUAAGUAAUAAUUUUUAUAUAUUUUUAUAUAAUACUGAAAUAUAUUGUAAAUAAUUUAUAAUAUAAAAUAUAGCAAAUAUAUAUGUAUAAAUAUUUAUAUUUAUAGGAAAAAUAUAAUUAUUGCAUUUAUUUUUUAAAAUAUAUAUAAUUUUAAAUAAACAUUUGUUUUAAAUAAA